GCAAGACUUCAGAGAAACAGUGUCCAAGUGACCACAGCGGUGCCAUGGCAGUUUUUACGCACAGCGCAAAGCUGCCAGUCGGAGUGUUUGAUAAACUUUUCGGUGGAGUUAACAUUUCUCAGUGAACACCUGAGGUCUGAUAAUGUGUGGUAUUCAUACUGCCGGUCGAAACGUCUAAUCCCUGCCUGAUUACCGCUCACAGAUGGAUUGCUUCCUGUCGAACAGCCUGCUGACAUCAGGGCCUAGUCAUAUUAAUUUAACCGCUAUGCUCGCGUCUUGAUUACAUAAUUGAGGCCGUUUAGGGCAGCCCAGCAUCACUUUGUAAGACCCCAUCGUCUCCCCCCCUAUUGGUGCCAACAUGAGGAGAGCUGUACUGAAGGAAGCAGCCAAACGCUUUCCCUGGCUGGCCAAUGUCACUCUGUACGGGGGCUUAUUCGCCGGCGGUGACCUUGUGCAUCAGCUCAUGGCUCAGAAGGAGCACAUGGACUGGAGACAUACUCGCAACGUGGCCAUUGUGGCAAUCAGUUUCCAUGGAAACUUUAAUUACUUCUGGCUGCGAGCUCUGGAGAGGCGCUUCCCUGGGAAGUCAGCAGGGAUGGUUUUCAGAAAACUGCUGCUGGACCAGAGCUUCGCGUCGCCUUUGGCCACCAGUGUCUUCUACACAGGGGUGAGCUUCCUGGAGGGGAAGGAGGACAUCUUUGAAGACUGGAGGGAGAAGUUCUUCAACACCUGGAAGACUGGACUCAUGUACUGGCCGUUCAUGCAGUUUCUGAACUUCGUCCUGAUGCCGCUGUACAUGCGGACGGCGUUCAUGGGCUGCUGCGCCUUCCUCUGGGCCACCUUCCUUUGCUUCUCUCGGCAGGAUGGCGAUGGCACCGCCGGCGUCGCUCUGGCCUUCGCAUUGGACCCCCGGAAGACCCUGGAGGAGAUACGCGAAGCCAGGCUGGCCCGGAAAAAGCAGAGGAAGGAGAGGGAAAACUGAAAAGAGGAGGACAGCACUUCUGUUUUUCAGGCCUUUGAGUAUCUGUUGCAGUGGUGUCCACUUUAUAGCUGAACCAGCACCUUUUAACUUGAA